AUGGUGUCUGUCGAUAGCUUCGUAGCAAGUGACGAGUUAAGACGUAAUAUGGAACACACCCCCAAAUAUGAUUCGUCUGACAACAAAGACGUUCAGAGUUUAGAGGAAAAUGUGGAAGAAAAGUUAAAAGAAAAAUCCUAUAAAGAAUAUAUUUUGAUUACAAUCUUAUGUUUUAUGGUUGCUUUUGGUGGGUUUGUGUUUGGUUAUGAUACAGGUACAAUUUCAGGAUUCGUCAAUAUGACUGACUUUAUAGAUAGAUUUGGAGAGUUUAACGACGAAGGCGAAAAGUAUUUGAGCAAUAUACGAACGGGGUUGAUAAUUUCAAUUUUCAAUAUUGGCUGUUGUGUGGGCGGAUUGAUUUUUUCCAAAGUUGGAGACAUUUAUGGAAGAAGGGUUGGGUUGAUGUUUUCAAUGGUUAUUUAUGUUAUUGGAAUCAUUGUUCAAAUUUCGUCGCAAACCCAAUGGUACCAGAUUUGCAUUGGCCGUGCCAUCACGGGAUUAUCUGUCGGAACUGUUUCGGUCAUUUCCCCUAUGUUUAUUUCCGAAUCUUCACCAAAAGUGUUACGGGGAACUUUGGUGUGCUGUUUCCAAUUGUGUAUAACAAUGGGUAUCUUCAUUGGAUACUGCUGUACCUAUGGUACUAAACAAUUGGAUAAUUCAGCACAAUGGAGAAUUCCACUUGGGUUGUGCUUCCUUUGGGCUAUAUUCUUGGGUGUAGGUAUGUUAUUUAUGCCUGAAUCCCCUAGACACUUGGUUGAAAAGAAGCGGAUUGAAGAUGCAAGAGCUUCAAUUGCAAAGUCCAAUAAGUUGGCAAUUGAUGAUAAAGUAGUUAGCUUGGAAUUGCAGCUAAUCCAAGCAGGUAUCGACAGGGAGAAAUUAGCAGGCAUUGCAUCUUGGAAGGAAUUGAUUACGGGUAAACCAGCAAUUUUCAAGAGAGUUUUAACUGGAGUUGCAUUAGCGUCAUUGCAACAAUUGACAGGUAACAACUACUUCUUUUACUUUGCAACGACGAUUUUCCAGGCAGUUGGUUUGCAAGAUUCAUUUCAAACUUCAAUGAUUUUGGGUUGUGUUAAUUUCCUUUCCACUUUUGUCAAUAUUUGGGCCAUUGAAAGAUUUGGAAGAAGGCUCUGUUUGAUGGUUGGUUCAACAGGUAUGUUUGUUUGUUUUGUUAUCUAUUCAGUGCUUGGGUCAACAAACUUGUAUAUGACUGACGACUUCCAGAACUCACCAACUCAUUUGCCAACAGGAAGAGCUAUGAUUUUCAUUACAUGCUUGUACAUAUUCUUUUUUGCAUCUACUUGGGCUGGUGGUGUUUAUGCAAUUUUGUCAGAAACGUAUCCAUUAAGAGUCAGGUCCAAAGCAAUGGCGGUAGCAAUUGGUUCGAAUUGGAUCUGGGGAUUCCUCAUUUCAUUCACAUCUUCAUUCAUCAUCAACUCAAUCCACUUUUAUUACGGAUUUGUAUUUACAGGAUGUCUUGCUGCAUCUUUGGUGUUUGUCUAUUUUUGCAUCAUGGAAACAAAAGGAUUGACGUUGGAAGAAGUUGAUGAAAUGUAUGCACAAGGAAUUCUACCAUGGAAGUCGGGAAGCUGGAUACCGCCUUCACCAGAGGAAAUGGCUACCUCGACGGGCUAUGCAAAGCCUGAACAUGAACAUGUCGCUGAUGCCUAG